AUGUCGAUGUCAAAGAGGAAAUUUGACGAGUCCUGCGACUGUGGCGAAUCACUUAAGCGAAGCGUCAUCUCUGAAGUAGAUAAAAAAAGGCAGUGUUCUCUACUUUUAGAGGACCGGUUGUAUUUUAACAAAAUAUCUGGUCCUCAUGCAGCUUUCUGUGCAAACUCGUUUUCGUUAGGAGAAUUACUGGAGAUUAUUUCACCAGUAGCAUCAAUACAUUUCAAUUUUGAGGUUGACUUGUUAUGGAUAGUGUCGAGAUAUCCAGCAAAAUGUAAGGAAUUACCUAUAAGUAUUGUGGUUGGUGAGCGAGAUGUUUUUAAGCUAGAGCGGGAUGCGAAAAAAGCCAGUCUCAAUAAUAUAACUGUUGGAGGUGCAUCUCUACCGAUACCGUAUGGGACGCAUCAUACGAAGCUAUCAGUUCUUGAAAGUGACCUGGGUCGACUGCACAUAAUCAUAUCAACAGCAAAUUUGGUUCAAGGUGAUUGGGAAAACAAAAUGCAAGCCUUCUAUCACUGCAGUGGCUUCAUCUUUAAGGAUUUUGAUAAGAAUACAACUGUAAGUUCCUUCCAAGAGGACUUAGUCGGUUAUUUGGAUUUUUAUGCCAAGAGCAGGGCCUGGCCCUUGGUUGAGUUUUGGAGAGAUCGUAUAAGGAAUGCAAACUUUUCAACUGAAGCAAAGCUGAUUUCGUCGGUCCCUGGUUACCACAGUGGUAGGAAUAUGGUAAAAUUUGGACACAUGCGGCUGCGCGAGUUGUUAUCAGCUAUGGAUUAUACUGUUGAAAAGCCUAUUUAUCAUGCUCAGUCCAGUUCUAUCGGUUCUUUGGGUUCUAAACCGGAGGCUUGGUUGCUAGGUCAAUUUUUACGAAGCAUGAACCGUGGCAAAAAAUUAGAACAAGAGGCUCUAAGAAUUAUCUAUCCUUGUGUGGAAGAUGUUCGCAACUCAAUAGAGGGGUAUGUAGCUGGAAGUUCUUUACCUUAUUCAAAGGCAACCUCGAGUCGGCAACCUUAUUUAAUGAGUAUGUUACACAAAUGGAGAUGUGAGAAGCUUGGAAGAACGCGAGCGAUGCCACAUUUAAAAACUUACUCGGCAUUUAAUGAUGGAGAAACAAAGCCGAUUUGGUUAAUAGUCACCAGCGCGAAUUUGUCAAAGGCCGCUUGGGGGGAGCUGCAAAAGAAUAGUACACAACUGGCAGUUAGGUCCUACGAACUCGGUGUUCUAUUGACCGAUGACAACUCAUUGAAUAUGCUUCCGUAUGAUAUGCCCCUAACAAAAUAUUCAGCUACUGAUAGAGUCUGGGUUUGGGAUGACAUUUAUAAAGAGCCUGACAUAUACGGAACUUUUUGGCCCCCGUGA